AUGGCUGCGGCGAUUCAAAGAGGCGGCGGCGCGCGGAGGGCGAUGGAGGAGAACGACGCGAAGCUUGUGUUCGAGACGUCGAAGGGCGUGGAGCCCAUCAUGAGCUUCGACGAGAUGGGGAUAAAGGAUGAUCUCCUCAGAGGCAUCUACAAUUACGGCUUCGAGAAGCCCUCCGCCAUCCAGCAGCGGGCGGUGCUCCCCAUUAUCUCCGGUCGUGACGUCAUUGCCCAGGCACAGUCUGGUACGGGCAAGACGUCCAUGAUUGCGCUCGCCGUUUGCCAGAUUGUUGACACCAAGUCUUCCGAGUAUGUGUUUCGUGCUCGUAUGAGCUGCAAUUUGAAUUCGUCUGUUGUUGUUUGGGUGUUCUCUUUGGUCCAAGCCUUGAUUGUGUCUCCUACGAGGGAGUUGGCAGCUCAGACAGAGAAAGUAAUACUGGCAAUUGGUGACUAUAUAAACAUUCAAGCUCAUGCUUGCAUUGGAGGCAAAAGUGUUGGCGAGGAUAUAAGAAAACUAGAGCAUGGUGUUCAAGUUGUGUCAGGCACUCCUGGUAGAGUUUGUGACAUGAUUAAGAGGAGAACUUUAAGAACUAGAUCAAUCAAAUUACUGAUUCUGGAUGAAUCUGAUGAAAUGUUGAGCAGAGGGUUUAAAGAUCAAAUUUAUGAUGUUUAUAGAUAUCUUCCACCUGAGCUCCAGGUUGUUUUAAUCUCCGCCACCCUCCCAAAUGAAAUAUUGGAGAUGACAAGUAAAUUCAUGACUGAUCCAGUUCGUAUCCUUGUAAAACGUGAUGAAUUGACACUGGAGGGCAUCAAGCAGUUUUUCGUUGCAGUAGAAAGAGAAGAAUGGAAAUUUGAUACUCUGUGUGAUUUGUAUGAUACCCUUACAAUUACCCAGGCUGUUAUCUUCUGCAACACUAAGCGUAAGGUUGACUGGCUGACGGCUAAAAUGCGCGAGAAUAAUUUUACCGUAUCUUCUAUGCAUGGAGAUAUGCCACAAAAGGAGCGAGAUGCAAUCAUGGACGAAUUCAGGUCCGGCCAAACCCGAGUUCUUAUCACAACUGAUGUUUGGGCUAGGGGAAUCGAUGUUCAACAGGUUUCGCUGGUGAUCAAUUACGAUCUUCCUAAUAAUCGAGAGCUUUAUAUUCAUCGCAUUGGACGGUCUGGCCGUUUUGGGAGAAAGGGUGUUGCCAUAAACUUUGUUAAAAGUGACGACAUCAAAAUCCUGAGAGAUAUCGAGCAAUAUUACAGUACACAGAUUGAUGAAAUGCCGAUGAAUGUGGCUGAUUUGAUUUAACUUGUACGUUCACUAAGAUCAAAUGCUGAGUUUUUGCACUGGCUGUCUGAACAUAUGGUUUGAAGGAACCUAUUGUGAUUGGUGCUGGUGUUCAUUUUCAGCGUGCCUUUCCUUUUUGUUUAAACGUUUGAAGGGGAUAUUGUAUUAUAUUUCUGAAUUUUAUUUUAUUAAUGAUUGUUGUUUACUUUUUGUUCAAUAAAGUAUAAACAACAUUAUUCUGGUUUUACAAAGUAAAUUAUAGCCAUUAAAAUGUGUCA